UCCCAUUUCAAGAUGGCGUCGCUGCUGCAAUCGGAGCGGGUUCUGUACCUGGUCCAAGGAGAGAAAAAGGUUCGGGCUCCGCUGUCUCAGCUAUACUUCUGCCGCUACUGCAGCGAACUGAGGUCGCUGGAAUGUGUCUCACACGAGGUGGACUCACAUUAUUGUCCCAGUUGCCUGGAGAACAUGCCGUCAGCUGAAGCCAAGCUUAAAAAAAAUAGGUGUGCAAACUGUUUUGAUUGUCCUGGCUGUAUGCAUACUCUUUCUACUCGGGCUACAAGCAUUCCCACACAGCUUCCCGAUGAUCCAGCCAAAACCACCAUGAAGAAAGCCUAUUACCUGGCCUGUGGAUUUUGUCGUUGGACAUCUAGAGAUGUGGGCAUGGCAGACAAGUCUGUUGCCAGUGGUGGGUGGCAAGAACCUGAAAAUCCUCACACACAAAGGAUGAACAAACUAGUUGAGUAUUACCAGCAGCUGGCCCAGAAGGAGAAAGUGGAACGAGAUCGUAAAAAGCUGGCCCGCCGUCGAAACUAUAUGCCCCUGGCAUUUUCGGAUAAAUAUGGCCUUGGAACCAGGCUUCAGAGACCAAGAGCUGGAGCUCCUAUCAGUACCCUUGCAGGACUUUCCCUUAAGGAAGGAGAAGACCAAAAAGAGAUCAAGAUUGAGCCAGCACAAGCUGUGGAAGAAGUGGAGCCUCUUCCUGAAGACUACUAUACGAGACCAGUAAAUCUAACAGAGGUGACUACCCUGCAUCAGCGCCUCUUACAGCCCGACUUCCAGCCAAUCUGUGCUUCCCAGCUCUAUCCUCGACACAAGCAUCUGCUGAUCAAACGAUCCCUGCGCUGUCGAAAAUGUGAACAUAAUUUGAGUAAACCAGAGUUCAAUCCAACAUCCAUCAAAUUCAAAAUCCAGCUUGUUGCUGUCAAUUAUAUCCCAGAAGUCAGAAUCAUGUCAAUCCCCAAUCUACGCUACAUGAAGGAGAGCCAGGUCCUGCUGACUCUUACAAACCCAGUGGAGAACCUUACCCAUGUUACACUGUUGGAAUGUGAAGAGGGAGACCCUGAUAACAUCAGUAGUACUGCAAAGGUGGUUGUUCCUCCCAAGGAACUUGUUCUAGCUGGCAAGGAUGCAGCAGCAGAAUAUGAUGAAUUAGCAGAGCCUCAGGAUUUUCAGGAUGACCCUGACAUCAUAGCCUUCAGAAAAGCCAACAAAGUGGGCAUUUUCAUCAAAGUCACCCCACAACGUGAGGAAGGUGAAGUAACCGUAUGUUUUAAGAUGAAGCAUGAAUUUAAAAACCUGGCAGCUCCAAUUCGCCCUCUUGAGGAGGGUGAUCAGGGCUCUGAAGUCAUCUGGCUCACGCAGCACGUGGAGCUUAGUCUCGGCCCACUGCUCCCAUGAUGGACCCUAAUGAUGAGCAAAUCUCAGAAGACAGCAUGGAGAUUCUCACACCACAAUGGAACAUCUGGAAAUACUGAAACCACUAAAGCCACAACUUCAUUAGUCCUCACUUAACGCUACACACAUGCACUACUGAUUUUUGUCAGGAAGUGGGAAACAUGGGCAAGGAAGAAGAAAUGCUGAAAAACUACAGUUCUUUUUCCCAUUGCUAUAAUACUCACCACGUAAAUUUGUGACUUCUUCACAGCCCUUGUGCACUUUGAACUGCAGUACUAUUUGAGCACAGAGAAAGGUGGCCAUUCUAAGCCCAUUACUGCCUCUUGCUAAAGUGGUAUUAGUGUCACAGCCCCCAAAGUGCUGCUUGUUCUGUCUCCAAACCAGUCCUAUGAAUACAGACCAGAAUCUUGCAGAAGCAGCUUCAAGCAGUACCCAAAAAUGGGCCUGCUGUUAUUUGGCCAAUAUUUAGAAAUAGAACACUGUUAAUGUACCAGCAUUCCACUAGAAAUUUCUUCAGCAGUCUAAAUAGAUCUCUCCAUUUCCCUAAGCAUCUUCCACCACUUACUUCAAAACUGACAUGUCCGUAAUAGCUUGCUUAAUGAUUGAGCGAUUUCUGAUUCUUAAGCAGCUGUUGCUUGCAUUUUUGUUAGGAACAUGUUCUGCUGUUCACAACGUGAAAUGAAACACCUGACAUUUGCAAGAUUGCGAUAUUAAAUGAAAGAAUGUGUUCUUUUAAAGAAGUAUUUUAAAAGCAGGCAAUUACAAGACCAAGGAUGAUAAAUUUCAUUUGUUAAGUAUUGCAAAAAAUUUUGCUGAAGGAAGUGAUUUUUUUUCCUUCCCUCUUCCGUCUCUGUAUCUUUAAUUCAGUAUUUGGGAACGUCAAAUGCUUUUAGCAUUUGGAAAUUUCCCAGAGCCCAAAGAAAGUUUAAGUAGAUAAGAUCAGUAUGCUUAAAACUUUAAAGGUUAGGUUAUUAGGCAUGUUUUAAAUUUAUGUUCUUUCUGGAAAUUUAAGGAAAAAAUUAGUAACGGUAUGCUCUUAGAUCCAAAAAUGAACAUUUAAAAAAAAGAAAAAAGACUGCCAUCCAUUCCUAGGUUCCUGGCAUUUAGCUAUACCUAGAAUUUGUCAGGUAGUUAUUUUGAUUUUGGCAAAUAAAGUGGCUGAAAGGGUCCCACAGAAAAACUCUAGCAAUUCACUUCAUCAGUUUGUACUCAGUAAGCUAAAUCCCCAUUUUAAGAGCUAAAUUGGUAUGUUGGGUUGCUGUAAUUGAAAAUGAGACCUUUAGUAAAACAUGCUGCAAAGCCCAUCCUCCAUCCCUGUAGUGUCACUAAAUUCUGAUAGGGCUUGUGUUUUUCUUGAAAGAUUGGUGUCUGUUUCAGGAUGCACCUUCAAAGGUUAGUUUUGAGGCCACUUCCUAAUUUGAUAAUUGAGAGCCAGUAGGCAUUUUAACUUCUCUGUUGCCCCAUGAAAUGAAUAAAAAUGUAGUAUUAGAAAAAAGUUGUUUGUUGCACUAUCUAGAGUAUACCAGUUGUGUUUGACCAUUUUUCCUAUAGAGCAACAAAUAUGUCACAGUGGAAAGAAUAAUGUUCUUACCCAUAUAUUAUUAAAUACUGAUAAUAAACACAGUUAGGAGCUUGAAAAAGGAAGGUGUGAGUAACUGGCAGACAACAGGAAGAGCUUGUGUUUUUAUGUGUAAGAAUUAUCUAAUCUUCAUUCUACUGUCAGAAAGGCUGCUGUGAUGGCACUGCACCAUGUUCGCUGGUGAAGGAAAUGGGUAUCAAAAAAAAUACCUUAAUGUGUUUGUAAAUUUGCAUAGAUUACACACAGCUGUACAAGCAUGAGUUUAUAAAAUGUAGCUGGUAUUUAUUCUUAAAUGUUAUGUUGAGAUAAUAGCAACUGCUACUAUCAUCCCCCAUAUAUUACAGAACACUUAAAUGCUUUGGUCAUAAAGAUUUUCUUCAGAAUCCAGAUUAACUUGCAAAAUAACAAUGCUAACUGGCGUAAUGUUUCCUUGAAAUAGUUUUUAGUACAGACUGGUAUAAGUGUGUAUGUGGAAGUGGUUCAACACUUACUACACCUAGUGAAUUUGGGGUUCUGUCUUAGAUUACAUGAAAGAUUCUUUAGUACUUACUCUCUAUCACUGCAGGAAAAUUGAAUAUUACUGGUACUAUUAUUAGCUAUUAUUUUGGAAACCAAAAGCUAUUAAACUUAGAAUGGUGGUUUAUUUAGCCCACCAAAGUUUUAUUUUCCUUUAAAUGCUUUUAGGAGUGACUCCAGCAAAAUCCUGUGCGUAUUUUUGCAGAAGUAUCUCAUUUAUUCCUUGCAGGGGAAUAAGAGGCAUUCUGUGUUGAUCUUUGUUAAUGACAAGUUACUGUGUUGCCUUACUGCUUAACUUAAUGUAGUGAAAGAAAUAAAGAAGACAAAAAAAUU